UAUGUUUAUCGGAGGGUGUCGCCGAUUGACCGCUGGAAACCUGAGACAGAUUCCCAAAUUCGUGAAGUUUCAAUCUAGUUACCAUGACAGCAGUCGACUUCCACUGGUUAGUACGUCUGUGAGUGUGUUUGAUCUCAGAGGUGAAACGUGCCAUGUUGCUUUGCGGACAUCUGUUUCUGGUCAAUUUUUAAGGUUGCUGUCAACUGACGGCACAGUGAACCAUGCUGUUAAAAAGCAUGAAGAAGAAGGUGGAAAAGAGAUGGAAGUGGGCAGUCCAAAAUUGGGAAGUGAUGCUUCAUAUUUGAAAAUGCAACAUGAUCAAAAAUCAGAGAAUGAUGAGACUGAAAAAGAAUUUAAAUCUCAAGUGGAACUGUUCCAGAAAUCUCUUGAAACGAAAACCCAGGGGUCUGCAGCUAACCAUAGAGGGGGGAUAACUCUUCCAGAGGAAGGGGAGUUAAUCGAUACUGACUCUCUUCCAUCCAAGCGCAUUGUCAAGCCUGUUUAUAAUUUGGCUGCUUUAGUGAAUAAGUCAGAGGUGUUGUCAAAUCUGGUGAAACUCGGUGUAGACUUGUCAGUGGUCGAGCAAGAUCACAGUGGGUCAAAUUUGUUAAUACAUUUGGAUUUUGAGAGGGAUGUUCAACCAGUGCUCCUUUAUCUUCAUGACAUCGGAAUACCUAGCUCUGACCUUGGAGAAAUUCUUACCCGCAAUCCAAUGAUUCUGAAGAACUGUGUGGAAGAUUUACAAAACCAUGUCAAUUAUCUGAGAUCGAAGAAUUUUCUGGAGGACUCAGUGGUGCGAAUCGUGACCAAAUGUCCAAAAAUGUUUUCCGAGUCCAUCGAAGACAUUGAUGCAACUUUAGGAGUGUAUCAAAGGAAAUUUAAACUAACUGGUGAUGAAGUGAGACAUGUUGUUACCAGACUCCCUAAACUGUUAACCUGGGAUCCAUCCAAAGUCAAGAGCGUGAAGUUUUACAUGCGGACUUUUCUGGGUUUCUCCGAGGCAGAAGUGAAGCAGAUUUUCUUGUCGUCCCCCAGGGUAUUACUCUCAGAUCGACACCAGAUUGGGAAGAGGUUUGAUUACCUGUACAAUGACAUGAAACUGACGCACAAAGCCUUGGUCACAUGGCCGCAGGUAUUUCGAACGCGUCUCCACGUGAUUAAGCAGCGCCACCUAUACCUGCAGCAUCUCCAACGUGCUCAGUACGACCCGCAACAGCCAAACUACGUCGCUCUUAAAGCGCUGGUCAGCGGGAAAGACCGUGAUUUUUGUUUUCACGUGGCGAAAUCCAGUGUGUCACAUUUUAAUGACUUCUUGAAGACUUUGUGAUUGUUUUGGGGUGUUUUUAUUACAUUAAUCGUCAGCUUCAAAAUGUGUUUUUAUUUAUUUGAGCCCUGUAUAUAAUUUGGCCUUGGAAAGAUGUGAUUCUGUAAGACGGCAAGGAAGUUUGAGACCACGUGAUCUCCAUAGUAACAGUCGGGGUUGGUGAGGAAAAUUAUCUCCCAGCCUUAUGUUACAGGUAAAUGACGCUUUCUGAAUCGCUGUCAGCGAUAGUGUAUUCGUUGGAUUUGUAUAAUUUUCAGCUUUUCGGAUAGUUUGAGUAUUUCAGUAGAGCGUGCGUGAUGUUUUUUCGUACAACCAGGCCAAACUGAUCGCAGGCGGAGUGGGAGAGAUGGCCUUUUCCCCUAUACUUCAACAUGGCCGGCCAUUUUGUUUUCGCCACGCUAGGAUGUUCAUGUGAUCUAACUUCCGGGCCGUCUUAAAGACAUUGAUGUGUUGGGGUUGCUGGCCUGAAAACAGUUUUUUUUCUCUCUGUGACUGUAAAGCCCUUGACCCACGAGGUCACAUAAGAUCUGACUGUUUGGGCGGCUACUUAAAGUUAGUAGGUUUGUCGAUAGGCUACCUGGCGAAGAUCAAUGGCUGGUUUGCAUCGAAAUCAGACGAUACGGUUUAUCUUACCACCUUGAGCAAGGUGUUAAGCACCAGUCAAUCUCUCAGUCAGAAAAUACAUUUUUACCGAGAAAAACUCACAACAGACUGACGUAUUUAAGUGACACAGAAAGGCUAGGCCUAAAAGCCGGUCCGAGCGACGGUCAGCAGGUCUAAGAUCCGGGUCUGGGCUGUCCAGCAAAAUCGAAAUGAGUAACGAUUCAAAACCGCCACAGAACGACUGCUGUUGACUUUUGUCGAGAUCAAAGCAGUUUGUACCGAGUUAUCAUAGAUCACGGCACGUCCCGAACAUCUCAAACUUACCAAAGUGAUUUUAUAUUACUAUCGUCUAAGUGUUUCAAGAUACGCCAACCUUUUAAAGUUUUGUGGAUUUCUCCCUGGUCAUUGUUGGUAGCGGCGUUGGUGGCAACAAGUUGGGAACGGCCCUUGUGUUUUCUCCGCUCAUAAAUCUGACUGCCAUCUUGUAAGUGAAAAUCUCUUGACUGAGAGUAUGGCAUUAAUCAAUCAAUCAAACAAGCAGUCACAUAACGGUUGUCUCUGUGAAUCUUCCGGGGAAGUGCCCGGCUCUUCCCUGUCUGUGAGAGACUUAGUUCAUCAGGCACUUGGCCAAGCGCGGUUAUCUCCUUUGAAUUACUCGAUUUCCCCGACUAUUAAACCUGACAGCCGUCUUGUACAAUGCAUUAAUCAGUUAAAUGAACAGGUAUCAGAAUAUCUUAAAUAGUGUACAAGCCACAACCAACUGAAAACAAACAGAAAAAUUCGAACUUACAUUCAUUCUGGCCAAAACUGUUUAGUGUUAGUCUUUUGAGGGCAUCUUUGGUCGAGUGGUCAGCGUUCUAGCCCAGAAGAAUGACUCGGUAUCCUUUCUACAAUACGGUCGAUGUGAGUUCAAAUCCAGCUCACCCUGGCUUCCUCACCGGUCGCGCGUGGAACUGUCUGCCAUCAAGUCGCGGACGGUCGUGGGUUUCCCUCGAGCUUUGCUCGGCUUCCUUCUGCCAUAAUGCUGGCCGCCGUCGUUAACAGAAAUAUUCUUGAAAACGGCGUAAAGCACUAUGAUAAACAAAUAAAUAAAUAUUUCUACCUUCGCGAUGACACUUCGAGGCAAACUGGCAACGUUGUUCAAGUAUUCUGGUCUAUACGUGUUUUACAAGUCAAACUGUCUGGAACCCGAAUCGCUAUUGCACAGGAAAGAUACUCCAAUUGGAAUGGUACCCAACCAAAUUCAGCCUGCACAAUGAAAAAAAAAUUAGCUUAUACUGCGUUAUAAAGUCAGGAGAUUUCUUCGGUACCAGACGAAAGGCGGUGGAAUAUUCCGUUCACUCCGAUUUCCAACACCCGUAAACCUGAUCAUAUUCAUAAAAGUGAAAAAUUCUUGAGUAGGGCGUUGAACACCAUUCAAAGAAUGAACCGCAAGGAAACCAUGCAUAAGUCACCUGAAAGGACGUUAAUAUAUUUUAUUUAACUAUACAGGUAUUUACAGAUUUUUUUCAAUAUAUAUACAUAUACACAUUUAAAUUUGUACACUUAAGUUUGUACAUUUAAAUUUGUACAUUUAGCACACUAAUAUCCACUCAUUUCGCGAAGUCGACGUCUUCUGUGAGGCUGGGAUUUUAACAAACGUUUCCUUGAGGAGUCCCGUUGGAGUGUCACAUUAUAUAAUCCGCAGUUACAAAUUUAAAUCCUGUGAUCUUGCAGUUGAUUGGUCAGGCCCAGGUGUAAUGACGGUUUAUUCUAUAAACUACUCUACGUUGUGCUGUCAUCAUAGAUUUCUCUCUGGUUUUACAGAAUGCUAACAGAAUGUUGCUGUAUAUGUUGUUGCCCACAAACGAAAAGAAAUGUACCUAGAUAGUUUUCAGAUGAAUAAAGCUCCUACCAUCAAAAUACGCAUGGAAAAUAGUAUUAGUAUCCAUAAACAUGUAGGUUGUUGUGAAAACGUAAUUUGCCACAAAUG